AUGAAGAAUCCUUCGCAAGUCAUCGUCAUCUGUCAUCUGAAGAGCAUUAUGGCCGACCAAAUACUUGAGCCAGAGUCAUUUGGUAUACCUGCUGGACUACUGACAGAUAAAGAAGAAGAUCUUCUAAAGUAUCAGCUGCUGUUUGACAAAUUUUUGGCUUUCUUAAAACGAGAGUCCUGUUUUAGAGAGAGCGUUGUGCCUCUCGUUGUUGAUGAAUCUCACACUAUAGUCAUGGACGACUGUAUGAAAAGACCUUUUGAAAUCUAUGAAUGUCCCGAGAAGCCAAACAUGACAUACGUUGUUGAAGCUAUUCCGACUGAAACUAAUGUAGGUCAAUGUUUUGAAUGGAUUGCUGACGAACUGAAAACCAAGGGAGUGGAAUCUGAAAGGACAAUAAUAUACUGCCAAACAAUCAACCAGUGUGGGCGUAUUUAUAGUAYAUUAAAGGCAUUGCUUGGUCACCACUUUUUCGCUGGACCUGUAGGAGACAAUAGAAAUGUCACCCUAGAGAUGUUACAUUCAUGCUCUCCAACAGCAAACAAAGAMGCAGUUUUAAAAUCAUUUUCUGAACUUAAUGGAACAAUACGAAUCUUAGUAGCCACAAUUGCUUUUGGGAUGGAUGCUGACUGCAAAGGUCACCAGAGUACCUCAUACUUGCUAUACAAUGGCCUUCUGCUCACUCAUGUUGACAAAGACAUCAAAUGCUACAUAAAGGAUACUGAAUGCAGACGAAAGACAUUGUUAAAGAAAUUUAGCUCAAGAGACAACACUACAUCAAUUACACCUCAUUUAUGUUGUGACAACUGUGCUAUUUCUUGCAAGUGUGGAACUGAGCAAUUUGCAAAAUCGACUCUGAUUGGAAAACAAACUACAAAGCCUGUAUAA